AUGGCUGCUGUGAAGAACUCUGUGUCUGAGGACCCCCUCCUGGGCAAAGGCCCUGACAAGGACGCCUCAGGGGUGUCUUUGUCAGGGAGUGUGUUAGACUCUGGGAGUGUCCUCUCAGAUGACUCAGUGCUUCCAGACAACGAGCAGGAAGGUGAUUCACAGGGUACUGCCAACACGCUGUAUGAUGUGUGCACUCGGAAUGACCCCCUGGCACUCCGAAAGGUUCUGGAGAGAGGGGUUACAAAAGAGGAGGUCAUGGCAGUAGACCACAACGGCUGGGACAUAAAUCACCAGGACAACGAUGGCAACACAGCACUGAUGAUCGCUGCACAAGCAGGUCACACCAUUACAGUGACCUACAUCCUAAACUACUACCCCGGGGCAGACACAGAGAUCCGGGAUUGCCGUGGCUUCACCACACUCAUUAAAGCUGCCAUGCAGGGCCGAGACGAUGUGUUGUCUUCCCUCGUCAUGGCCGGUGCAGACCUAAAUGCAAUAGACACCAGGAAGCAGAAGUGUGCGCGGGACUGGGCACUAAAGACGGGCCGCUACGAGACCUUGAGCCGCCUCCGCCGCCUCAACCUGCGGCCUAGAGCCGAGCAGUUUACUGAGAGCUACGUCCCCGAGUGGCCAGAACUGAAAGUGCUGGUGGCCAAAGCCACAGCCAACAAGAGCACUGGCCAGAUGAUUACCCAGCACAUCAAGUCCAUCUUCAGCUUCAAUUUUCUCCAAGACCCCCAGGACAACGGGGUCUUUGACCAUAUGGUGCGUAUCACCACCAGCAUCCACAGCCCUUUGGUGGCCACCGCCUGCCAGCCGCUAUGCCCCACCAGCCCCCCUGAGGUGGGAAAGAGGCGCUUGGCCGUGCCUGAUCUCAGGAAGAAGCACUCAGAGAAGAAGCUGGAGGAGAGCUCUGUGUGCCACAGCAACGGCUCCGUCUCUUCCAUCAUUCCACACAUCCACUCGGCCGAGACCAUCGCCACGUCCUGCUGUGUGGACACAGAGCGCAGGGGCAGUAUUAUCUCUAUAGCCUCCACCGGGGUGCGCACCUUCAUGCCCAGGAACAUGGCCCACAGGAAUAGUGUGUUCCCUUCUGGCUGCAUCCCCAAGAUCCAGAUAGUGAAGUCUGGAGAGCCCACGCCUAGGAAGGAAAAAAAUAAGAAGAGGCACAAGGGUCACCUGGAGCUGCCCGUAUGGAAGUACAAAGCAGAGAAGCAAGAGAAGAAGGAGAGGAAGAAGGCAGAGAAAGAAAAAGAGAAGGCCAAGAAGGAAAAGGAAAGGAAAAAGAAGAGAGAGAAGUAG